AUGGCUAACGAUGGAAAUGGUACCGGAUCAUCAUUCAAUGAAGUCGAUCCUAUGGAAAAGAUUGUGAAAAGAGCUGUUACUAGGACAACUACGAUUAAAAAGUUCCAAGACUUGAAACCUUCCACGUUCAAAGGAGACUCAAAGUCAUUGCUAGUUGAAGCUUGUGUUAAAGAAAUGGAAAAUAUUUUUCAUGCCCUACCCUGCACAGAAGAACAGAAAAUGUCCUUCGCCACUUUCACUCUCAAGGAAGAUACGCAGGAAUGGUGGCUUCUCACCUUAGAAAAGGAAGAGAUCGUGACUUGGGCGAGAUUCCUAGAUGUGUUCUAUGAAAAGUAUUUUUCAAAAUCACUACGAGAGCAGAAGGCAUCAGAGUUCCUACAUUUGAGGCAAGGAACAAUGUCAGUACCGGCAUAUGAAAGUAAGUUCACUCGACUAGCACGAUUUGCACCGUAUGUUAUUCCAACAAAAGCUCUAAAAGCAAGAAAAUUCGUAGCAAGAUUGGAUGCUGAAAUCAAAGAUAGGCUUGAGGUUUUGAAACUACCAACCUAUGCAGAGGUGGUGGAUGGAGCAUACAUCGCCGAUAAAUGA